UAUUGUAUACGAUUCUGGCUAUUAAAUGGUGUUUCGUUGAUAGUCGUUUUAAUUUAACGUCAUGAAAUCGUCAUAUCAUGCAACCAUGUGUUUGUGUUUUGAUAUUUUAGUUGUUUAUAAUUUAUAUUUUUAAUAUUUGUGCCUUUGUUAUUUUGGCUUGAUCUAAUUUGGUCUUGAUAACAUCGUGAGUCGUGAUUGAACUAGCUUCAUUAGCAAAGCAAAUAUAUUGAUAUACAAAUACAAUACCUAUACAUCAAUUAACAUGAUACCAUCAAAUACUAUUUGUGUAUCACAAGAAGGGCCUGCAAAUGCUUUGGCACUAAAUAAGGACUGCAGUCAAGUUGUUAUUGCUGGGAGAAAUGUUUUCAAAGUAUUUUCCAUUGGAGAGGAUGAGUUUUCGGAAGUAUGCAAUCUUAGAGUGGGGAAGAAUUUGAAUCUCAAUUUUUCAUCAAUUGAUGUUGCCUGGAGUACUAUUGAAGAGAAUACUCUAGCCACUGCAGCCACAAAUGGAGCAGUUGUUGUGUGGAAUCUGGGCAGAUCUGGUCGGUCAAAACAGGAACAUGUGUUCUCAGACCAUAAACGGACAGUUAACAAGGUAAGCUUCCAUUUAACGGAACCGUCACUACUGAUCUCGGGUUCACAAGAUGGAAUGAUGAAAUGUUUCGAUCUACGCAUGAAAGAAGUGGCGAGGACAUUUAUCAGCAACACAGAAUCGAUCCGCGACGUCCAAUUCAGUCCGCACACAGCACACCUGUUCGCAGCCGUGUCCGAAAAUGGCACGGUCCAGUUGUGGGAUGCGCGACGUCACGAACGAGCAUUACACCAGUUUACUGCGCACUCGGGGCCCGUGUUUGCGUGCGACUGGCACCCGGACGUGCCCUGGCUAGCUACCGCGUCCCGGGAUAAGACUAUCAAGGUAUGGGAUAUACACGCAAAGCCGAACUUAGAGCACACGAUAUACACAAUUGCCUCGGUGGGACACGUCAAAUGGAGGCCACAGAAAAAGUACCAGGUAGCCUCAUGCGCACUGGUGCUGGACUGCGCGGUGCACGUGUGGGACGUGCGGCGGCCGCACGUGCCGCUGGCCACGUUCGCGGAGCACCGUGACGUCACCACCGCCAUCGCCUGGCAGGCCUCGCCGCACACCUUCCUAUCCACCAGCCGGGACUGCAGCCUGUACCGGCACCGGUUCACGGAGGCGGCGCACCCGGUGCUGUGGGCCAACCCGCACGGCGUGUGCGUGUCGGCGCGCUCGCAGAUCGCGCACGCGCUGCCCGAGCGCCCGCUGCCUGCGCGCGCGCCGCCCGCCGCGCCCCCGCCCCGCCAGACCCACGCGCACGCCCGCAAGCAGCCGACGGCGGGCUCGCUGGGCGCGGCGGCGCAGGCGGCGCUGGAGCGCGCGUUCCCGGGCGGCGCCGCGUCCACGCUCACGCGGCACCGGGCGGCCGGCGGCGCGCCCGUGCUGGCGUGCGCGGCGCGCUACCGGCUGGCCGGCGCCGCGCCGCACGACCUCGCCAGGCACAACGCGCAGGUGGCGCGCGACAACCAGCGGCACAUGGUGGCGCACGUGUGGGAGGUGGUGGCGGCGGUGUACAGCGCGCGCAACGGGGCGGGGCCGGGGGCGGGCCGCGCGCCGCCCCCGGCCCCGCCCCGCGACCCGCCGCCCCGCACCGACCCCGCGCCGCACCACACCGCCUACAAUGGCGCGGAGGAGGAGGUGGUGGAGGAGACGGAGGAGUGGGAGAGCCGCACACACAAGCACAGCGGCGUGCUCGGCCUGCCCACGCACACCAUCUACAUCCCGCCGCACAAGUACAAGCGGGACGUGGACACAACCGGCUGGAUAUCAGCGGCUAGCGCACACUACGUGGACGUGGACGCAGCUGAUUGGACGCUGCCCGAGGAGGCGUUCCCGUUACGUGCGCACCCACACGCGCACGCGCACGCACACACGCACGCAGCUAUCGAGGAACAUGAUGAGCAUGAGUCAGCAAACUUAAGCGGUCACAUGAACGGCCAUAACGGUGGAACAUCAGGUUCGCCUGGCGGGUCUACCGGCUCCGGCUCCCUGCAACCAUCAGGGGGUAUGGGGGCUCUGGGGGUGAAUACCAACACCUCGCCUACGCUGCAGAGAUCUAAUAGUGUCACUACAGCCGCUCAAUCUAGCGAGGAGGGCAGUGCGGAGCAGCGCGCGGGCGAGGUGGGCGCGGCGGUGCGCGGGCGCGGCGUGCGGGCGGCGCUGGCCCCGCUGGUGGCCGGCGCGCUGGCCGCGCACGCGGCGCUGGGCGACGUGCAGACCGCGGCCGGCGUGCUGCUGGCGCUGCAGGAGCGGCGCGCCGAGCUGCUGGCGCACGUGGACGAGGCCGCGCAGGAGCUCUGGCUGCUGGGCUACGUGGAGCUGCUGCAGCGGCACGCGCGCUGGGGGCUGGCGGCCGAGGCGGCGCGCGCGGCCUGGCUCGGCGCCGUGUGGGGGCUCUCGCAGCAGUGCAGCUCGGUGGCGGCGGCCUGCGCGCGCUGCGGCCGGCGCGCGCGGCGCCGGCUCGUGCGAGCGCUGCCCGCGCGCGCCGCCCGAGCGCUGCGCCGUGUGCGCGCGCGCCGUGCGCGGCCUGCUGGCCUGGUGCCAGGGCUGCGCGCACGGCGGCCACCUGCACCACAUGCAGCGCUGGCACCGGGCGCACCGCCUGUGCCCCGCCGGCUGCGGACACCACUGCCAGCUCGGCUAGCGCACCCCCCAACCUGCUGGCCUGGUGCCAGGGCUGCGCGCACGGCGGCCACCUGCACCACAUGCAGCGCUGGCACCGGGCGCACCGCCUGUGCCCCGCCGGCUGCGGACACCACUGCCAGCUGGGCUAGCGCACCCCCCAACCUGCUGGCCUGGUGCCAGGGCUGCGCGCACGGCGGCCACCUGCACCACAUGCAGCGCUGGCACAGAGCGCACCGCCUGUGCCCCGCCGGCUGCGGACACCACUGCCAGCUGGGCUAGCGCACCCCCCAACCUGCUGGCCUGGUGCCAGGGCUGCGCGCACGGCGGCCACCUGCACCACAUGCAGCGCUGGCACCGGGCGCACCGCCUGUGCCCCGCCGGCUGCGGACACCACUGCCAGCUCGGCUAGCGCACCCCCCAACCUGCUGGCCUGGUGCCAGGGCUGCGCGCACGGCGGCCACCUGCACCACAUGCAGCGCUGGCACCGGGCGCACCGCCUGUGCCCCGCCGGCUGCGGACACCACUGCCAGCUGGGCUAGCG